CAACCGUUAGAAUAAUACCGCCCACUUUAGCCUGGAAGCACAGAAGGUAAACUUAAUCGAAACAAUAUAUCUAGCCUGUACGGCAUAAGCACGGCGCUGAAACAAAAGCACUACCUACAGUGACGCAGCGCAGAUCUACAAGCUGCAUGAAGAUGCAUGCGAAGCUCGGAGGGGGACGCAGCUCAGCUUUACCGAUAUGGUGCCGACACAGGAGCGGUAGAGCGCUGCGUGUUUUAUCGCGUCCGCCAUACGCGACAAGGCAACCAGGAACGUCGGAGGGGGACGUAGCUGCUGGAGACGAAGGCCUCAAGGGUUGGUGCCACUCUGGGUGAGACUCGUAGAGUGUACGAUGAAUUAUAUGGGUGAUGCCAUAAUUCUGUAGGUUUGCUGUGGUUGAGGGAGAUCGUUUGUCUUCAUUGGACGCUAUGUAUUAUGCAUUUAUCAAUUGACUGUUUCGGUUGGACAUUUUUCUGUUGACCCGGUUUUUCGUUUCUUAUUUUCCUUUUUAUUGUUGUUAUGCGGACAACAGAUCAUAUUGCAUUGGAGCGAGAGAAUUGGGG